CCCCCCAAGAUCUUGGAGGGUUCAACCCUUAGGGCCAUCCCCUGUCAGUCGACCCUUGUAACACAGCCUGAUGCCCGAUUCCGAAUCUCAGCUUGAAUCGCCCCCUACUCAAGAACUCGACCAGUGUAUCCCCUAAAACAAUCGAGAUGGGAGAGCGAAAGUACUUUUAUGCCAUCGCUCGAGGACAUCCCAGCGGAGGGGCCCCGGGCAUCACCACAUCUUGGGGCGUUGCGCAACCGAUCACAUCUGGGUUUCCCAAUUCCCGAGUGAAGGGCUUUGGCACCUUAGAAAAGGCCGUCCGGUACAUGUUGAAUUCUGGUUGCAACACAUUCUACUUCCUCAACGGCCCUACAGACGGUGAAAAGUCUGUAUCGAAGCUAGAUGGCGGGAAGCCAUCAUCUUAUGCUGUCGCAAACGGUCGUGAAGUUGGACAAUACUCAGAGUACAGCCUCGAAGCGGAGCCUCGAGUCAACCGAUACGGCCACGCCUGCCACAAGUCCUUCUCAAGCAUCGAUGCUGGGAAGAGUUUUAUUGAAGGGUAUAAACAGACCUGGCGCCAGAUACAUAACAAGGGUCCUGUCGAUAGCAGCGUGGAUGGCGAUCAUGGUGUUGCAGGUCUCGUCGAUAAGUUAUAUAUGGUGUCUCUGAGGGAUUGAGCAGAGCCAAGAGUCGAGCAUGUCUUCGGAUGAGGCUCUUUUCUUUUUAGCGGCCGACUACCCAUGUACGCAGUUCACGAACGAGAUGAAAAGGAAUUAUUAUUCAUCAAGUCGCGCUUUUCGACUAGUAAUAAUAACAAGAAUAUCAGGCUUAGAUAUUAUAGAUAAGGUAGCCCUACUUCUGGCGUAAAUACUAAUUUAC